AUGCUCGUCCAGGUGGAGUUGCAGGGUAAAGUGAAGUGGGUACGUGUCCCCACCAAUGAUGACCGCUUCGACUACAGGAGAUUCAUUGAAGAGAUUUCAGCUAAAUUCAACUUGCCAAAUGGAUCUGAGGUGGACCUGAAGGACUCCUCGGGAGUGGAUGUGGAGGAGGAUAUCUUUGAUGAGCUACUGGGAUCAGCCACUGUGUCUUUCAAGGCAUUUGUGAAGAACGAGGAUAAUGAGGUAUUUGAAACCUCUUUCUGGUCGGAGGAGGGGACAUCAUUUUCUCCUGGGUCUACGUCGUCUUCAAUUGAGUCUGGAAAUACCUCCAUAAGUACAGCCUCCACAGUGCUUACAGAGAGCACCAAAGCACAGAGAAGGCAACUGAUUGAGGGACCACCCGACAGCAAAGUAGCUAAAGAUUUGGUGUAUGUAGCUUUGCAUCAUAAGCGUGGGGGUGAAGAGGUCAUCAAUGAGUACAACCGGACUAAUGGCCUGACUGAUCAAUCAAGAAGAAAACUUGUCAAUAUCUUGGUCGCAGAUAUGAUCGAGAGUCACGGGAGGGUACCACCAGUUAAUGUCCGCAUCACCUACGCGCUUGGAAUUGUGACCCUUUUCCCCAAUCUGAAGGAUAAAGCUUCACCAACUGGCUAUGAGCCUUACUACGAUCCUCGCAGUGGGCAGGGUUACCUGGCCUACAGAUUGAAAACUGUUCAACGCACUACUUCAAGCGACUUCAAGAAGAGGUCCAAGCCUGGUCAACAAGGACGCCCGAAGAGCCUGCGUGAGACUUCAUCAUCUGAGCAGCUGUUGGGGGAGGAGUGUAAUGAAGCAUCCUAGAUCACUUCUCACGCUUCUUAGAUACCCCAGGCUUGAUUGACCAAGACUUCACACUGCUGUUUGGGGAAAAUGUAUCUGGCAAGUUCGUUUCCAAAUGGCCAACAUUCUACAAGCCCCGGAUCAUCACUGUCUGCAAAGGCCUUCGCCCUGGUCCUCAUCUGGAUGAUCUUCUCUCUGCUCAGGAGGCCUCCAAUGAUGGGUGGGAUGGUGACCUGGCAGCCAUACUCCUGCUCCUUCAUCUCUUGCCUCCAACCGCGAAAGGAAAAGCGCAUGGUAAAAUGAGUGCCGCAGACGCUGUUGCCCAUGUCAUCAAUUUCAUGAAGGUGGGGACAAGCAUGACGACCUACCUUCAGGAUGUUGCAGCUACCCAGCCCUUCCUGCUCUGCGUUGGAGAAAACAAGUCCAAAAUUCAGAAGUAUUACAUUGUGCUCGACCAGAAGGCCUUGCCAUGCAUGGCACACACUGCUGUGGCUGCCUUUGAUGAACUGUUCAAAUCCCACUUCGUGUUUGCAGUGGCCUACGACGACGCAUUGUUCAACUUCUACACAUUCCUGCAAACAACCGUCUACGGCAUUGAUGUAGCCACGGCAAAGGAGAGUCCAAGGGUGAAGGAAAUACGAGCAAGAAUCGACAGCAUAUAGAAUGUUGAGGUUACAUUUGCAAGACACCCCCAAAGAUAGUUUGACACUUUUAAGCAUUUAAAGUUUACUCAUGCUCUCUAUUCAAGUCGUUCUUUAUGUUUGAAAUGUGGAGAGCAGUAUCAUUGGGAGCUGUGACGAACUGCCUGUUGUUAAGCAGUUAGCAUUGUGGCACUCCCUAAAAGGAGUUUUUGGUUGAUAUGUGUACCGCUUGUUUUGCCGAAGCACAAGCAUCUGGAUUGCCACUACAGCUCCAGGCCACAUUAUUAGAAUAUCAUGAAAAGUUGAUUUGAUUUAAUCAAUAAUGUUAGAACUAUUCAAAUCAUCCAUUUGUUUAUGUUUACACAUCUUGGCCUUCCAGCUCAGCCCAGCUUUUCUUAAGAUCAGAAGGCCUCGCCAUGCAUGGCACACACUGCUGUGGCUGCCUUUGUUGAACUGUUCAAAUCCCACUAUGUAUUUGCAGUGGCCUACGGUGACUCAUUGUUCAAUUCUACACCAAGCUGGUGUUAGAAUGACCAUACUGCCUAAACCCCAAAACGUGGCAUGGAAAUCUAUGGGGUAUGUUGAAGAGUGGAGUGUGGGUUACCAGAUCAAACAGAAUGAGGAUUUUAUUACAUUUAAUAAUGUGAAAUCCUCAAUUCAUAUACCGGUGUGUAUAUAUUUUGUUUGUUUAUUUUUACAUAUUUUGGCCUUCCAGCUAAAAAAAAGUAUUGGAAUAAUUCAAAAUGUGUGCAAUGAAUCUAAUCCAUUAAGUAUAACAUUAUUGAUGGAAUUUUGGAAAUCAACUUUUUCAUGAUCUUCUAAUAAUGUGGCCUGGAGCUGUAUAUGCUGACAGCUGAAAUACAAGUAGGCAGGUCGCCACAGAUACCAAUGUCAGUGUUGACAUGAACAAUAUUGCAAAUAGCAUUAAUAUGUUAUGCAUGAUCUUUUAGAAGGCGUUGUACAAUACGAGUUAAAACUCCUUUUCCAAUACUUGGUCAGGGACUCCAUAUCGUUGUCCACACUUUCAGAACGUAUUCACAGCUUUAACUAUGGAUUCAAUGACCGGAAGAACAGGCCCGGUACAGUCAGAGUGGAAGAUGGAGGUAAUGACCUUGGCCUCAGUGCCAUUCAAUCAUGGUGCCUCCUGCGUAAUACGCCUUUGAUUUUUGGAGAUUUAGUUGAGGAAGGUAACAGUUACUGGCAAGUUAUUCUGCUGUUGAUUCAGAUUGUGAGUAUUGUAUUCUCACCAGUUAUUACAGAAGGUAUGACUUAUUACUUGAAAAAUUUGAUUUCUGACCAUCACAAACUUUUUUCAUCUGUGUUUGCAAACAAGAGACUGAUCCCCAAGCAUCAUCUGAUGAUUCAUUAUCCCAAAUGUAUUAGGAAGA